AUGGGUACUGAAGAAGUUUCCAAUCAAACUAUUAUGGUUUGUGCUUCACUCACAAGCCAAUCUGUUGAGCAGAUUGUGAGUGACAUGUAUCAGGCAAAGGCACAAGGUGCUGAUAUAGUGGAGGUUAGGCUCGACCUUAUCACCAACUUCAAGCCUAGCCGUGACCUUCAAAUCAUCCUCACAAAUAAGCUCCUCCCUGUGCUUAUUGUUUAUCGGCCAAAAUGGGAAGGUGGUUUAUAUGACGGCGACGAGAACAUGCGGUUGGAAGCAUUACAGCUAGCUCUGGAAUUGGGGGCUGAUUUCAUAGAUGUUGAGAUGAAGGCUGCUUCUCGUUUUAAGACCAUGGUGGGACAUAAGAGAAAUCAUAAUAGUCCUGUCAAAAUAAUUGUUUCCUGCUGUGUGGAUGGCAUCACUCCUCCGAAAGAAGAACUCCUUCAACUUAUUGUCAAAAUAAUAGCUACUGGAGCAUGUAUCAUCAAACUUGUCACACAUGCAGCUGAUAUAACAGAAAUUACAAGAAUAUUUAGCUUGCUUCCUUAUUGUCAGGCACCACUAAUUGCUUAUUCUGUUGGAGAAAGGGGAUUGAUAAGCCAGCUUCUAUGUCCAAAAUUUGGUGGGUUUUUCGUGUAUGGAUCUUUGGCUGGAAAUCAAAUCCCGGGUCUGCCUUCUCUGGACAGUCUCCGAGAAGCCUAUAAAUUGGAGCAUGUAAAUGCGGAUACUAAAGUUUUUGGGCUCAUCUCAAAACCAGUUAGCCACAGCAAGGGCCCUAUAUUGCAUAAUCCAUCCUUCAGACAUGUAAACUAUAAUGGAAUCUAUGUCCCUAUGUUUGUUGAUAAUCUUAAAGAGUUCUUUAACACCUAUGCAAGCCCUGAUUUUGCUGGUUUUAGUGUUGGGAUUCCAUAUAAGGAAGAAGUUAUAAGGUUUUGCGAUGAAGUCCAUCCACUCGCCCAGUCUAUAGGAGCUGUCAAUACUAUUAUAAGGAGACCUAGAGAUGGGAAGCUUGUUGGUUAUAAUACAGAUUGUGAGGCUUCAAUUACUGCAAUUGAGGAUGCACUCAUAGAGCAUGGUUGCAAUGAUGGUGGAGCAUCUUUGGGUUCACCCCUUGCUGGGCGAUUGUUUGUACUUGUUGGUGCCGGUGGUGCUGGGAAAGCACUGGCAUUUGGAGCUAAAAGCAGAGGAGCUCGUGUAGUCAUUUUUGACAUUGAUUUUGAGAGAGCAAAAUCUCUUGCUAGUGCUGUGUUCGGUGAAGCUCAUCCUUACAAAGACUUGGUCAAGUUUCAGCCAGAGAAAGGGGCAAUUCUUGCAAAUGCAACACCUAUAGGGAUGCAUCCCAAUACAGAUAGAAUUUCAGUGGCAGAGGCCACUUUGGGAGAUUACCGGUUAGUGUUUGACGCUGUGUAUACACCUCGAAGAACCAGAUUAUUGAAAGAAGCAAAUGCUGCGGGUGCAAUAACCGUAAGUGGGGUAGAAAUGUUCUUAAGGCAGGCUACUGCUCAGUUCAAUUUAUUCACAGGUCUACAAGCACCUGAAGAAUUUAUGCGGGAAAUUGUUUUAUCCAAAUUUUGAUGGUGACGCUUACAUAUAAUUGAUCAUGCCACUUGAUGGAGGCUGCAACUAUCAAGAAUUUCAUAUACAUCACAUCUCUCGUAA